AUGGUAUUAGCUAUAAGCAUGGAUAUUGAGAUGAUUGUAAACAGAAAGGUCUGCCAGCUGGGACCAGGACGUCUUGAAUACGAAACAAAUUGGGGAGGUAGAGAGCUAAGGACAGAAACAACGAGCUUGUCACAUAGAAGACUCUCUGAAAUAUCGCGGAAACAUCUGAAUGCAGAGAACCCGGACGCGGAUACGCCAUUCAUCAAGAGGUGUAUCUCGAGACAAAUUUGGCACGACGGAAAUGCUUACCGGGAAGGGGAAGAAUCAGCCCAAGCGAUAGCCAUUCACAAGCCGAGAAUCAUCUGUGACACAGCUCCUAUAAUAUGCACGAUGUAG